AUGAAACUGGUGACUGAGUUUCGCUGCGGAGGCGUGUGUGUUGCUUGGUCGUUUGAUCAUCUCGUCAUGGACGGCAGCUCGUUGUGGCAAUUCAUGUGUUCCUGGUCCGAGAUCUGUCGAGGCCUUUCCAUCUCCAUGCCUCCAACUCACGACCGGUUUUUCGAGCAGCAGCACGAGCAGUUCUCCAGCAUAACCCCGACCAGUUCCCUUUCAUAUGUCUUCGAGGAGGUUUCCAAUGGCAUGGAGGCCAAGAUCUUCGAGUUCGACGACGGGACUAUCGAGAGGCUUAAGUUCUUGGCGUCGGGUAGUUUCUCAGCGUUCGAGGUCGUGGCGUCACAGGUCUGGAUAGCACUUUGCAAGGCUCGCCAUCUUCCAGCAUCUCAGAAAACCAGCCAUCAGCUUCCACUCAACUGUAGAAGCCGGCUGAGCACUCCUCUCCUGGCGGGCUACUUUGGAAACUGUGUGUUCUGUGCGCUGGCCGAGUCCACAGCCGGGGAACUUGUGACUGGAGGCCUUCCAUUCACGGGAGCUGUUGUCCACGAGGCAAUCACGAGGAGUAACCCGUUCAGCAAAGGCGUGACAGAUGGUGUGGAUACCUGGGGUGGCAGCUCUCCAAGAUUUCCAAUGUAUAGUCUGGACUUUGGAUGGGGGAAACCAGCCGCUGUUCGACACGCUACGAAGCUGUGGAACGGCUUCUGCUUCUACGACCCGUCACCGAGAGGUGGGAAAGCCAUUGAAGUCACGGUGUUCCUUCCUCCUGAAACAAUGGCAAAGUUCAGUGAGAAAGUCAAAACGAAUUAA